CUGUUAAUUUGCAAAGUAGAAAGUGUAUUGAUCUCAAUGAACCAUGCUGCUCUGCCGAAGCUUUUUUCUAUCAAAUUUGGCAUAACGGGGUUAAAUUGAAUUUGCAAUGGUCAUGUUAAAUCUAUUUUGAGUGCUGCUCAUGAGUGCUGCUCUUGUUAAGGCUGCUAAACAGUUCGAUGCAUUGGUUGCUGCACUUCCACCUUCAGAGGGCGGUGAAAAAGCUCAACUUAGAAGGAUUGCUGAACUUCAAGUUGAAAAUGAUACUGUAGGCCAAGAACUUCAGAAACAACUAGAGGCUGCUGUGAAGGAACUGAAACAGGUUCAGGAGUUAUUCAGUCAAGCAGCAGAUAAUUGUCUCAAUUUGAAGAAACUUGAAUUCAUUUCCUUGAACAAUCCCUCCUUCCAUGUUUAAUUUUAUUAUCUUUAUAUUCGUUUAAUCCUAGGAUUCUAAAGGUUUAUUUAUGUACUUAAAAAGUUAGUACAAAAUGUUCCAUCUGGGCUUUUGAUUCUCUGCACUAGAAUUCAAUCAAAUUACUCUUUUAUGUUUGUAAAAAAACCAUGUUUGCUGUUCCAAUAGUAGUGUCAGUGUGCAUCUAACAAUUCAAAUCAUAUUCAUUUGCAAAGAAUAGAAUCUGAAUCAGUCACACAUACAACAACAAUCACAACAAUCACAAUUGUAGUCUUAACAUUUUAGCCGUCGGAAAUUACU